AAUUUUGAAAUUUUCCCUCUCUUUCAUUGCCUUUAUAUGGAGUCAGCAGAGUUGCAUGCUCGAUUAUCUACAACUCAAAGAGUGCGAGACCUAUGGGUCUUAAGAGAACAGGCAAGAGUAAGAGCAGUGGAGUUUCGGUUUCUAAGACAGUUGGAGAAUAUUUUGAACCAACAUAUUCUCCGGGUCUAUGACAAGCAGGAUAUGAAUUUAAAUAAGGAAGAAGAAACACAAAAUGGCAAGGACUCGUUUGUUUCAAUCAGCAAUACUGGACCGACUAGGGAAAGAAAUUAUAGACAUAGUUUGGUAUCCGAAGUACAAAUGAUCCAACAAAGUCGGCUUGUAACGGGUUUAUCCGAAGAAUAUCGGUCCAUCUUGGAAGGAAAUAUUGUUUCACCAUCUAGACAGUCUUGGUUCGGAGGUGAUUUAUGGAGGCAAGUCAUAGAACAGCAGACUGUUUCUAAUGCUUUGAGCUCGUCAUUUCGUCAUCAACUUGAAUUUGCUCUUCUCCAUUCACAGUCGAUUCAUUCUUCAUCAACUUUGAGACCAUUCAUAGUACGAGAUAGUCAUUCUUCCCCCAGGAGGAGACAUCAAGAAACAACAAAUUGGGAAGAUUUUUCUGAUAUUCAAGAUUCGACUGACGAGAUAGAACUAUCAGAAACUAACUACAAAGAUUUCCUACUGGAUCAAAUGAACAAACUUCAAACUGACAUUCAGUGGAUAAAAAGUACCAUGCAGGCUUCGUUCGAUUUGCAAUUGGAAAUACAACGAGAAGUUCGGCAAGAAAUUGCUGCUGUUUUACAUGAUUGCAAUUCGAAAACAGUAGAAACAUCUUUAGCUUUCCAUUCUCAAUCAAUUUCAAAAGGAACUUGUAUCGUUUGUGCUCAAAACGUCAUCGAUUCGUUGUUGUAUUCUUGUGGCCAUAUGUGUACUUGUUGCUAUUGUGGAAGACAACUAAUUGCAACUGGUCAGGUAGGAUUACUAUCCGAAAGGAUUGGAAUGUACUCAUUAAUGUUUUAUCUUUGAAAAUUGAAAACAUAGACAUGCCCUGUUUGUCGUGCACCAGUGAAAGAUGUUGUGAGG